UCGAGACGGCGCUGCUGGCACCCUGUUGAAGACUGCUUGGCUUCUACAACCUGUGAGUACCUUCCCUGCACAGUCGAUGUCUCGUAACAUUUGUAGAUGGUCUUUGAAAUUGGCUGCUAGAAUCACUGUCAGCAAGCUACCGCUCAAACGCUAAUGCUCAAUGAUGGCAGCCAAAAACAAACCAGUAAUGCAGAAUGGAAACCCCAAGCGAAGCAGUGUGUUACAGAGAGUUCUGCAGUUUCCCGUGGUAAAUUCAGCCCUCACCAGUCUCCAGAGGACCUAUGCCAGUGCCAAAGAGAUCCACCCCGUCAUGGCAUCAGUAUGUGCCACCUAUGAGCGAGCUCUCCAGAAUGUCAGUUCCUUGGCUCUGUGGAGUGUGAAGCCUGUAGUACACAAGCUGGAGCCUCAACUUGCAGCAGCCAAUGUUUUGGCUUGUCAAGGUUUGGAUCAUUUGGAGAAGAAGAUGCCUAUCCUUCAGAAACCAGUGGAGGAAGCUACAUCUGAUUUGAAGGACACCAUUCUAACUCACCUUCACUAUGCGAUAUGCUCUGUCGUGGACAUCCUGGACAAAGUUUUUGGACUGUCUGCCGAAAAUAACGAGCAGUCCAAGAACAGCCUGAAGAUCAAGACAGAGAAUGCAAAGAGCAGUCAAGUGAACCAGGUGGCUAAAACCUCUGCAAUUGGAAAGCUGGAGAAGGUGGUGGAUUGGAAAAUGGAGCCCAAUUCAGUCCACAAGCCUGCAGACGGAUGUGUAUCAGAAAAAAUGCCUCCUUCCAGCACCUUUGCAAGCAUCAAAUCUUUAGCUGCUGCUGUUUCUCAGCUUGCUUUCAAACAGGCAUCCCAAGCCAUCCAGGUUACCAAGGACAAAGGAGUGAAGCUGGCUACGUGGAUCUCAUAUUUGUUCACCUUCCCAAGGGUUUUGAUGAAAGAAGAGGAAACAAUGGCAAUGGGUCCUCCAGAGUCUUACCAAGAACAAGAUGGAGUCCGGCUUCUUACUCCUGAGAGCAAGAAGCUGCAAGAAAGGCGGUCUAGUCGGGGACAUUAUCCUCUUCCCUUCCUCAAUCUCGAUGAGCCCCCACCCUUGGAAGCUGAAUCUACUGUGGGCCGGAAAUCUGCUUUCUCCCCUUACAAAGAGGGGUCCAGCAACAGAAGAUGGAGCGAAGGACUAUUCCGGUCCAGCCUGGAAACCACCCACAUGAGGGCUCACUUCGCGAGACUCUAUAGCUCUGCCGUCAAGAAAGACUAAGGCUAGUUGAGUGGGUUUGCUCAUUACGCUAAACUGGGAUUUGUUAAGUAUGAAUUGCUAUCCCAAGUGUGCUUUUCCAAUAGGCAACUGGAUUUUCUUGGCUUGUUUUUUUUUCCUUUGAAAACAUUUAGCUUUGCAUCCAAAAAGCUUCUUCGCUUCCUGGAUGAGAAGCGAAACAUUUUCAAAGGAAAAAAAAAAUCCAAGGAAGUCCAGUUGCCUUUUGGAAAAGCAGAUUUGGGACAACCAUGACCUGGAUGAUUGAGGAUCUCCCUAGACAUUUUUUGAUUUGCUAUCUACCAUAUUUUUUGGAGUAUAAGACAUACCUUUUCCCCCUCCCCAAAAAAGAGGGUGAAAAUCUGGGUGCGUCUUAUACUCCGAAUGUAGCCCACUCAGCUUCUCAGAUGGAGGUUUCAGAGGCUGAAAGAAGCUUCAGAAAUGAAGCUUCAGAAAAAAAGCCUCAGAAACAGAGCUUCAGAAAAAAAGCCCCCAAACAGCUUCAGAAAAAAAGCCUCAGAAACAGAGCUUCAGAAAAAAAGCCCCCAAACAGCUUCAGAAAAAAAGCCUCAGAAACAGAGCUUCAGAAAAGAAGCCCCCAAACAGAGCUUCAGAGGCUUUUUUUCUGAAGUUCUGUUUUGGAGGCUUUCAGAGGCAGAAAAAAAAAGUUUUUUCUGAAACAGAGUUUCAGAAGUUUCAGAGGCAGAAAAAAAAGCAAAAAAAAGCAAGGCACAGAACUCAUAACCAAGGAACCUGUUCCUAACAUUCACCUCUGGAAAGUGAUUGGGGGUAUUCCGGGAGGCCGAUCCACCUGCCAAUCAGCUUUUUUCUUAUUUUCCUCCCCAAAAACUAAGGUGCGUCUUAUACUCUGAAAAAUACGUUAUGUCACUCUUAGAUGACUUCACACAACAGCCUAAACACACCGCUCAGCAAUCCCAAAGGGUGAAAUCAUAUAUCUCACUUAGCUAUGGCAAAGAUUGCAAAAUCACAACUGAUAACACUAAUCCAGGAAUCAUGGCUUGACAAAACCCCAGAGCUAGAUUCACCGCAAUUCACAAAACCACAUUCUGGCUUUGGGCUAUGUGAGAAUGAAGCAACCGACAACUGAAUUCUUCUGCUUAAUUUACUGCUUAUGUUAACGUAGUUGAAAUCUCCACUGUGAACCUUGUAAUUGCCCCAACAAUUACAUCCGCUGUUGUAAUGCCGGCUUUAUUAGAAUAGCUUUACAAAAUUCUCCAAUAAAAUAACCAACUUUUACUGGCUUUGUGCGGGACAAUUCCAUGCUUCUUAGACAAUUGUACCAAAGUACAUUGAAGAUGGCUUGAUCUCUUAUUCGUUCAAAAUGGAUGGUUUCGAGGGAGAGAGUUGAGGGUCGCAACUGUGACAGGGAGAGGGUGAUAAGUUCUCUUCCCCCUCCCCAUGUCAUUAUUGUGACAAAAGAAUUUCCAUAGUAUAAGUCUUCCUCUGGAAGAGAUGGAACAAACUCUGAGGCAGAUUGGGUGGAAAAGGGUGCAAUUCAAGGUGCUGGUUGUCAUCUUUAAAGCCCAUCAUGGCUUGGGACCAGAGAGGGACCGUCUCUUGCCGGUCACAUCUACCUGACCCAUUAGAGCAGGGAGGCAGGGAAUGCCAUCCCCGAGGGAGAUAUGCCUGGUAAAACCCAGAAGAACGGCCUUCUUCGUGGUGGCUCCCUCGCUCUGGAAUGUCAUUCCGCCAGAGAUUAGAAUUAGCCCCCACUUUAACACUCUUCCGGAAGGCGUUGAAGACCUGGUUCUGCCAGCGGGCCUGGGGAGCCCAGAGCGGGAUGGAGCCCAUGAAAUGGCUCAUGUGAUCUGGUGUUGCCGGGGCAGG